AUGGACGUUUCAAGAAUCAUCACUGCAAUAUCGUUAGUUUACAUUUCAAAGGUAAUGGAACUUAUUAAAUUUAUCAUAACUUGAAAUAAAUUAUCUAAUUGUUUCGUUUGUUAUUAGGCUGGAGCGUGUCCUAAAUUAAUCGAGUGCACACCUUUACCACCUUGUCCCCCGGAACCACUACCUCCACCGCUUCCACUUCCAUUGCCGCCUCCGUGUUUGCCAUCGCCAACGGUACCACCGCCUAAUUUAUUACCUCUUCUACUGAAUCUUUUACCAUUACUGGCCGGCCCUCCGUCAUAUUCGCCCUUACCUCAAUUGUCAUCGCCGUGUUUCCCAGCACCACUACCGCCUAAUUUAUUGUCACUUUUAUUGACACUGUUACCUAUUUUAACUGCUCCCCCACCAUGUUUGCCCCAAUCUCCACCACCCCCGCCAUGUUUGCCAGCAUCUGAUUUGCUACCAGUUUUACUGCAACUUUUACCAUUAUUAGUUUCCGCUGCCCCAUGUUCGCCACCUCUCCCUCCUUGCUUACCAAAAUGCUGA